UCUUCUUCUAGCGAUAUCUCCACUUCCGUACCGUCGCAAUGAUGUAGAAAUUCUGGUCGCUCCAUGUUGCAUCCCAAGAAAUGACAAAUGCCUCGACCAAAAGUCCGUCCCGAAGAUCGACAGCGGGCAGUCAAAGCGUGCUUACCGUGCAAAGCAUCCAAGAAAAGAUGUGACGCACAACAGCCUUGUGCGAACUGCAUUAGGAAGAAGUCGGCAUCGACUUGCGAGUAUGCGGAAUCACCUGUGCGACCUCGAGGAGUUCACGCUCAUGCUGCGGCACCUUCUGCACAACCAUCGUCGCUAGAGUACGCGACCGGAGCCCACGACGAAGAUGAAGAUGAAGACGCUACGCCUACGACCGGGAAGCGCUCCAGAUCACCGGCGGCGCAAUCGUCAACUCCGCGACGGUUGAGUGGUGGUCGACUACUGCUUAACUCGAAGGGCGAGAAAGUCUACGUCGGAGGGACGGCCUCUCUUUCCUUCCUGCAAUUCCUGCGCCAGACCAUCAAGCAGCAAAUGGGCCCUUCUGUCUUUACGGAGAACGACCGACGGAAUGUCAUGCUCGAAGUCCGCAGUCCCGAAGACACGAACACCAUCUUCGAAGAAGAUGAGGGUCAGAAACGAGCUUUGAUCGAGGUCUACUUUGCUGCCACAAACGGCUUUCUCGACUUGUUCACCCGUGAGGAGAUCGAGGGUUACUUGACAAACAUUACCACUCCUGCCGACGGUGGCCGCGAGUAUACCAUCGCCGCUCUAGAUGUUAUCAUCGCAAUCGGUGGCCAAUGUCGUGCCCUGAGCCCUUAUGACCUGCGUUACGCCGUGCGCUGUUUCUCCCGUGCGCAAAAGGUGGCUAUGGCUUCUGCUCUCGAGGACCCUUGUCUGGAUAUGGUCCGCUGCUUCCUUCUCAUGGCAUUUUACAUGCUCGGCGCGUGCAGACGGAACGCCGCGUUCAUGUAUCUCGGCAUCGCAAGUCAAGCGUCAUCCGCGCUGGGCCUGCACGUCACAGAACAGUAUCGUCAUUUCAGGGUGCCGGAGCGAAGUAUUCGACUGCGCACGUUGAAGAGUCUGCGCGUUCUCGAUGUGCUGGUCUGUUCCAUUCUAGGUCGUCCUUACUCGACACCGGCCGUACGCAUCGAUAGCGCAAGUUUCACGGGCAUGCACAUCCAUGUCGGCAAGCCCCGCGAUAUGGCGUUGAACGCGAGUUUCGGUGCGUGCGAACUCAUCGCCGAGAUCAUGCAGAAUCUUGACUCGGGGAAUUCGAUUGACCUUGCGACCGCGAAACGGUUCCUCGAGAAAUUGAGAAAUUGGAGCGCAAAUUUACCGCAGGAAAUUCGCCGUUUUGAAAAGAACGGUGAUGAGCUACUAAGUCCAAGUGAUCAGGAGUCCAUCAUUGGCAGUAUACAUGUGUCGUGCGUGUAUUACUUCGCUGUCAUGGUUGUGACACGGCCGUUUCUCAUUUCACAUCUUAUGGCUCGGUUGCCGGGGACGAUAGGCCAGGAGCCAGGAGAUGCCUCGCAAGGUGAGGCGGUCAACCUCGCGCAGGCGUGUAUCGACUCUGCCAUACUUAUGGCACAGACCUGCUUUGAUGCCUUGCAAGGUGGGAUACUGUUGGGUAAUAUGUGCAUUAUGAAGGCAUGGGUCUUUGCGGCCGGCCUGGUGUUGGGCUUUUCGAUGUUCGCACAUAGCGAGUCACCGUUCGACAUGGAUGAAUCGUUCAAUGGCGCCAGAGAGGUGCUCAAAAAAUUGGCCGAGCACAGUCCCCAGGCAGAGCAUUACUAUGAGAUCCUGACGGCGUUUGCAGACGCUAUACAGCGGCACCGGCAGCAUUUGUCCCGCGAGAAGAGGCGGGCGAGUAAUAAGUACGUCAGCAGGAUUUUGUCGUUGGAUGUAAAUCCUACCGCUUCGGGACCGCAUUCAGGAUUUUCGCCGGGAUCGACGUCCAGAGAUCCUGUCGACGGUAAUUCAGAAACGGUAGACACGAGAUUCGGCGAGAUCGAUCCGGAGACACAAAUGCCAUUCCAGAUACCCGGGACUCCUCAGUUACCUUCAGACGGCGGCGGUGGGUUCGACUUUUCGCUCUUUGGAUGGGAUAAUUUCGCCGUGCAGAUUUCGGAGAAUUUCUCAUUCGAUAACUAUGAGAAUGCUUGGGGUCUUGGGUAAGGUGACUCGGGAUUCCCACCUCGAUGGCGUCCAGCAAACGACUUUCGACCAUCUCCAAACCCGGACGGAGGUAGUUGGAAUCCAGCUCCGGGCACCUCAACCUUGAGGUGGGAAUUGAACGCUACCACAAGGACUGUGUCCUCAUCUUCUACAGAAGGGUCAGAAAGUAUGCGCCCAGGCACAGCUUGUCAACGGCUUCAUACAGUGAAUGUUUUCAAGGAGGCAGGACAGGACUCCGGACCCGGGAGCGGAGUUCAAAUGGACACGUUACCGCAUCUCGACUUCACCUCCUCAUAAUCCUUCAGAUAGCUAGUCUGACCCAAGCACCUGGGGUCCUCAAAAAGCCGCUACAACGAGAAGCGGCCUGCUUACACAUACUCUCAGUGUCACAUUAGGCAACGGAAGGGCGAGCGCCGUGUCCGCAUC